UCUGCCAUUCGGGGCAAAAUUGACUGCUCAGAGAUACAGGUGCCCAGCCUACUGAUUUGUGGAAAGAUAGGACAAAAGAAAGCCACUGACAACAGCCUGUGUCUCCAGCUGCCAGGGAUCAGGACACAUUUGCUGGUGACUUUGUUGUUGGCUAGCCGCAAUCUCAUCAGCUUUAAAGUCUCCUUGAAUACCGAGGAAUAUUUUUACACCUUCACCAAAAAAUCCUGCACUUCCAACGACUAACCUAUGGCAUUAAGAAUUCUUGAUCCUAGACACUGUUUUCCUCAGCCUGCAAGAGACAGUGACCAGUGGGAACGCUAGCCAGAGGAGAGCAGUCACUUCUCACACGGUGACGACCGACGGAGAGGAAAGAGGGGAUACAUAUCCCCACAUCUCUAUUCUCUCCCCCUCUGAUCUUUGGAUGAUGACUUCCCAUGGAAGAACCUAACCGAAAGCCAGAGGAAGAUAGUCUUCAUAGGCCAGUUGCAGAGAGCAGCAAGAACGGCCGCUCUGUGAAAGACGAUGAAUCAUACGCUUUUGCUGUGCUGCUUAGUGUUUCUUUGGCCCACAGAGUCCUGCAGGACAUUAUGCCAGGCUGCCAGCAAAAACAAGGCGAAGGUGUCUGCCAAACCACACGAUGUAUGUGAUGGCUUCUGUGUGGACGAUUCCCACUGCAGUCAACCUUGCCCUCCAGACACUCUGGGAAAUAUGGGGUUUUUAUGUAGGCAGAAGAAAUGGCACAAGAUCACUGAUACCUGCCGGACUCUCACCCCCCUCAGCCUCUUUGAGGAGAACUUAAGCUCGGUUUCACCAUUUUCAGAAAAUAUAAAAAUAAAUAAGUAUCCCCAAAAGUCGGAGACCAUUACAGAUCUGUUGAUGCAAAAGUGUCCGAAGGAUUUGUCCUGUAUCCUUGCGAACAUUCAGCAUUCUCCCCGGAUCCCAGGAAACAUCGCCGUCAUCGUGCAGCUACUACACAACAUCUCCACAGCGGUAGUAACGGAUGUCGACGAGGCAAAGAUGCAGAGUUACAGCAUCAUGGCCAACCACAUUCUUAACAGCAAAAGCAUCUCAAACUGGACCUUCAUCCCUGAGAAAAACAGCAGCUGUGUCCUGCUACACUCAGUCAAUUCCUUUGCAAGAAAGCUACUUGUACACAAACAUUCCAUUGACAUAUCGGAUGUCUUCAUUCAUACUAUAGGCACCACCGUAUCUGGAGAGAACAGUGGAAAGAAUUUAACUUUUUCAAUGAGAGUUAAUGACACCAACACUGAGGUCGCUGGGAGGGUGCUGAUCAGUAGAGAUGAACUUCGAAAGUUGCCUUCCGCUUCUCAGGUCGUCAGCAUUGCAUUUCCAACUCUUGGAGCCAUCUUAGAAGCCAGCCUUUUGGGAAAGGUCACGGUGAACGGGCUUGUCCUGUCUGUCAUUUUGCCCAAGGAACUGAAACGAAUCUUAUUGACUUUUGAAAAGAUCAGCAAGUUAGAGGAGAGCAGGACGCAGUGUGUUGGCUGGCACUCCUUGGAGAGCAGAUGGGACCAGCAGGCCUGUCAAAUGAUCCAAGAAAACUUCCAACAAGCUGUCUGCAAAUGUAGGCCAAGCAAGUUGUUUACCUCGUUCUCCAUUCUCAUGUCCCCCCACAGCUUGGAGCGUCCCAUCCUGAUUUACAUCACGUACAUAGGACUGGGCAUUUCUAUUUGCAGCUUGAUCCUUUGCUUGUCCAUCGAGGCCUUGGUUUGGGACCGAGUGACGAAGACCGAGAUCUCGUAUUUACGCCACUUGUGCAUCGCUAAUGUUGCGGCCACCUUGCUGAUGGCUGAUGUGUGGUUCAUCGUGGCUUCCUUUCUUAGUGGUCCCACGACACACCACGAUGGAUGUGUGGCAGCGACAUUUUUUGUUCAUUUCUUUUACCUUUCUGUGUUUUUCUGGAUGCUUGCCAAAGCACUCCUUAUCCUCUAUGGAAUCCUGAUUGUUUUCCAUACACUGCCCAAGUCCGUCCUGGUGGCAUCUCUCUUUUCAGUGGGCUAUGGGUGCCCUUUGGUCAUUGCUGUUAUCACGGUGGCUGCCACUGAGCCUGGCAAAGGCUACCUACGGCCUGAGGCCUGCUGGCUCAAUUGGGACACGACCAAGGCCCUUCUGGCCUUCGUGGUCCCAGCUCUGACCAUUGUGGUCGUAAAUCUGAUCACAGUCACGGUGGUGAUUGUCAAGACCCGGCGAGCCACCAUCGGCAGUUCCAUGUUCCAGGAGGUGAGAGCCAUCGUGAGAAUCAGUAAGAAUAUCGCCAUCCUCACACCACUGCUGGGACUGACCUGGGGAUUUGGAAUAGCUAUCGUCAUCAACGACAGAUCCCUGGCCUUCCACAUUCUCUUCUCCUUGCUCAAUGCGUUCCAGGGCUUCUUUAUCUUGGUGUUUGGAACAAUCCUGGAUCCAAAGAUCAGAGAAGCCUUAAAAAAUCGAGUAAACUCUGCAAAAUGGAUCUCCAGAAUAUCAGAGCAGAACCUUUCUUCUGACUACUCUUGUCACCCCACCAAAGGGCCAAGUUAAGAAACCAGGCUCUACUCCUAAUUUGGGAGGUCAUACAUUCCAGGAAUGGCAGAGCCCCCAGGAGAAAUGUGCUUAUUCCUGUCUUCUUGCCUCUGGGGAUUAUGGAGGAGCCUCCCAGGCUGUGGUGCUGAUGAGAAGGGCAUGAUGUGCAGAAAGGAUGGAAGGCCCCUCUGUCUACUUCUGUGCUGCUCAACGUUUCUCCCUCAUCAGCUGUUAAUAUGUAUGUGCCAUGCUGGGCAUCCGCAAAGGAAUGGAAAGAAAGUGGGCCGCAGCAGGACCUUCGUCUUGUCGGGGCCUCCUGCUCCAGGCUGUGGGUCACGUUUCUCCUCAGGAAGAGCGCACCGGCUCAUCUUGGCAAAGGUGGCCUGGGAUGUCACCUGGCUGGAUUCUGUGGGUUGCUUAGGGAGGGGCCCUCAUGAAUAGUAACCAAGAGUUGGACUGAUUCUAAGUAGGUCAUUGCUGGUUCUUGGUACAAAAGGAAUCUUACUGCGAGCAUGGUCCACCCCUCCAUGUUUAAAUUGAUUGCAUGGUCAACCUGGCUUGGGCUUAGAUGCAACUUCUUUGGCUUCAAACACACAGAGCUUUUGAACCAGAAAGAUGAUCAUUUUAAGUGAAGCAGACUGACGCCUGCAGUGAUGGGUCACAGCUAAUCAAGGCUUGAGCCAGAGGCAGAAACCCAAGUGUGCAGGCGACCCGUCCGGGACUUUCUCCAAAGCCAUGGAGCCACUGAGGGACUCUCUGCCUUCUUUGAAGAUGUCAAAUUAACCCUCACCAACAAUGGUUUUAUUUAAAACCUGGGAAGGGGAAAAUAUCAUAUUUCAAGUAGAGAGCUGCUCAUUUUCUUAACCUUGUAUGUAGACAAAUUUGACAUUCAAACCAAGAGCCACCUGAGAGGAGAGCAAUACUAUAGAUAGAAGCCCUUAAUAAAAAGCUGCUUUGUAAAGCGAGUAAACAGGCUGGCGCUUCAGAAGAAAAUUAAUGGAUAAAGAAAAAGGGGGCAGUGGGUAACCCCUAAUUAUCCUACCAAGAAGCCUGUAUUGAUAUUACAUUACAAAUGGGACCAGGAGACUUACUUUGUGAAUGAGGGGGGUCUCUCUCUCAAUCUUACCAAAAAUUUCCUCUAAGUAGGGAAGUUUGAGAAAACCAAAUAUAAUAAAGAGGUCAGUCAGAAGGUAUACCGACCUGGAUAAUUAGUCAUCUUCCAAGUGGCAUUGCUCAUGUGGGACAACAAUUCUUGCUGUCUCACAUGAAGUCAGAAAAUGGUUUGAAUUGAACAGUUCCCAGUAUUUCCAUAGGGUCUCUUCAAGGGAAGGGAGUGGGACAGGCACAGCCUUGGUUCCUCAAUGCAGGGAUUUCAGUACGAAGAAGUGUCACUCAGAGCCAAUAUAUUGAGGAGGAAAUCUCAUGAACCCACAUAGUUAUAAAAUUAUGACUCUGGAAAGCCUUUAGAAAAGACCAAUUGCCUCAUUUUACAGGUGAGCACAAGAGAGAGAGAGAAAGAGGGAAAGAGGGAGAAAGAGAGAGAGAGAAAAAGAGAGGGAGAGAGAGACCGUUCAUCUGUAUUGUGCAUUGAGCAGUCAUGUCUCGUAUGAAAGCACACUCUACUCCGAUGUACUCACUCCCAACAAUAGCAUGGCGGGAAAAGCAUUCUACCUGGGGAUUAUUAUUAACUACGACCGGCCCAUGGAUGCUAACAGAGACACUCCGGAAUUAUUUGAGAAUCCCUGGAACAAGCUAUGCCCCCUCUUCUGCAGCCCACACCCCAGUCCACCCCAUCCAGGAAGAUAUCAAUGAACUACAUGAAUUAGGUUGACUGUGGAAGACUCUGGGUAGAAACACACUCAAUGUCCUGUUCACAAACAAGUAACUUGGUCAGGUGGCUCAAGGAGAAACCAGUACUAACAGGAUCUAAGGCAGAUGCUUGGUUAGAAGGCUUAAUGCAUUAGGAUCCUUGGCAAAGUUAUUUAAAUUCCUUAGACUUAAUUUAGACUUAAUUUUCUCAUCUAUAAAUUCAGGAAAAUAGAGUCUACCUCAUAGGGUUGUUGGAAGUACUAAAUGAAUCAGUGUAGGUAAAACACUUAGAAUAGUACUUGCCAAACAAUAAUUGGCCAUUAAAAUGUUGGCGGUUUUUAUUAGAGUGCCUGUGAAUUCAUGCACAGACACAGACACACACAACACACACACUCACAAGCAAACACUCAGCCAUGACUAUGAGGUUGGAUGUAGAUAUUCUCACGGGAGUUAGUUCAUUGACUUCUAAGUAAAAGCGUUACUUAGGGGUGUCAGCCAGCAAAAUCUGCUGAGCUUGCCAUUGAAUGAUCUUUUCGUUCGAUGUUACCAUGGUUGUAAUAUGUAGAUUCCUGCCUGGGAAAGAGUGUACAUCAUAGGGUUCAAUUCAGGGCACACUGUAUCCAAGCUUGGCUCCCCCUUUUUUUGCCUACUCCAUGAAGUCUUCCCUGAUUAGUCCAACCAGAAGUGCUGAUUCUCCCCACCUGAUUUCCUAUAAUAUUUAUAACCUACAAUAUUUAUUGUGUUACGUUGUUUGUUUAAGUUUAGUCUUUUUGGGUGCAUCUAUUUUCUUCCCCAGAUAAGACUGUAAAUCUAUGGGGGCAGGAUUACUCUUGUUUGUUACUCACUA